UCAGUCCGGCCCGGUUGGUGCACCUCCCACCUAGGUCCUCCAGCCCCAGCGGGUGUGCUCGCGGGGGAAACAGAGGCAGGGAGCGUGCUUGUGAGUUCGUUCCUUCCUCAGUUCACACCCCACGGCCCGCAAAGCUGCCCUGCCCUCCUGAGACCCGCAUGGAAUAGCAGGGAAGGACGGGAGGAAGGGAAGGGGCCGAAAGCAAGCAGGCUCUGAGGAGUCGGCCGGUUCUGCCACACUCAAGAUGGCGGCGCGGCAGCGGCGAGGUCCCUCAGAGGCGGUACCGGCGCAUGCGCAGCGCGGAGUCCCGGCCCGGGACACAAGAUGGCGGCAGCGGCGCUGGGGAGGGCGAGGCGGAGGCGGCAAAACGGGAGGUCGAGCAGAACGUGUAGCCGCGUCCCCUCCAGUCCGCUCCGGGCAGUUGCUGAUGCGAGGAGGUCCCUGGGCCCCCGUUCACUCCACUGCUGACCCGGCCACCCACCUGUGCUGAGCCUUCCUGCAGGCCUCCCCCUGCCUCUGUUGGACCCUGUGACGUGGGGGUCCACCUGGUUGGAGAAGAAAACCCUCUCAUGCUAGCAUUGCAGACCCCAGAGGCCAAUCAGAGCUUCUGAUCAGCAUGAGAUAAUCAGUGUGACCACAAGGAGUUGAUAAAAUGUCAGCAAGCAAAGAUAACUGAUGGUUAAACAUGGCUUCGUGCUCUUUUUGUGGGUCCAGUGUGGGUGCGGAGAUGGCCAAUGAGAAUCACGGCAGCCCCCGGGAGGAAGCGUCCCUGCUGAGUCACUCCCCGGGCACCUCCAAUCAGAGCCAGCCCUGUUCUCCAAAGCCCAUCCGCCUGGUGCAGGACCUCCCAGAGGAGCUGGUGCACGCGGGCUGGGAGAAGUGCUGGAGCAGGAGGGAGAACCGUCCCUACUACUUCAACCGAUUUACCAACCAGUCCCUGUGGGAGAUGCCUGUGCUGGGCCAACAUGACGUGAUUUCGGACCCUUUGGGGCUGAAUGCGACCCCACUGCCCCAAGACUCCAGUUUGGUGGAAACCCCCCCGGCUGAGAACAAGCCCCGAAAGCGGCAGCUCUCGGAAGAGCAGCCAAGCGGCAAUGGUGUGAAGAAGCCCAAGAUUGAAAUCCCUGUGACACCCACGGGCCCAUCGGUGCCUAGCUCCCCCAGUAUCCCAGGAACCCCAACACUGAAGAUGUGGGGGACGUCCCCUGAAGAUAAACAGCAGGCGGCUCUCCUCCGGCCCACCGAGGUGUACUGGGAUCUGGACAUCCAGACCAAUGCGGUCAUCAAGCACCGGGGGCCUUCAGAGGUGCUGCCCCCGCACCCCGAGGUGGAGCUGCUGCGCUCCCAGCUCAUCCUCAAGCUUCGGCAGCACUAUCGGGAGCUGUGCCAGCAGCGAGAGGGCAUCGAGCCCCCUCGAGAAUCCUUCAACCGCUGGAUGCUGGAGCGCAAGGUCGUGGACAAAGGCUCUGACCCCCUGUUGCCGAGCAACUGUGAACCGGUCGUGUCGCCCUCCAUGUUUCGCGAAAUCAUGAAUGACAUUCCCAUCAGGUUAUCCCGAAUCAAGUUCCGGGAGGAAGCCAAGCGCCUGCUCUUUAAAUAUGCAGAGGCUGCUAGGCGGCUCAUCGAAUCCAGGAGUGCGUCCCCCGACAGCAGGAAGGUGGUCAAAUGGAACGUGGAGGACACCUUCAGCUGGCUGCGGAAGGACCACUCUGCCUCUAAGGAGGACUACAUGGACCGCCUGGAGCAUCUGCGGAGGCAGUGUGGCCCCCAUGUCUCGGCCGCGGCCAAGGACUCCGUGGAGGGCAUCUGCAGUAAGAUCUACCACAUCUCCCUGGAGUAUGUCAAACGGAUCCGAGAGAAGCACCUGGCCAUCCUCAAGGAAAACAACAUCCCAGAGGAGGUGGAGGCCCCAGAAGUGGAGCCCCGCCUGGUGUACUGUUACCCGGUCCGGCUGGCCGUGUCUGCGCCCCCCAUGCCCAGCGUGGAGAUGCAUAUGGAGAAUAACGUGGUCUGCAUCCGGUAUAAGGGGGAGAUGGUCAAGGUCAGCCGCAACUACUUCAGCAAGCUGUGGCUGCUUUACCGCUACAGCUGCAUUGACGACUCUGCCUUUGAGCGGUUCCUGCCCCGAGUCUGGUGUCUUCUCCGUCGGUACCAGAUGAUGUUUGGCGUGGGCCUCUACGAGGGGACAGGCCUGCAGGGAUCGCUGCCCGUGCACGUCUUUGAGGCCCUCCACCGGCUCUUCAGUGUCAGCUUUGAGUGCUUCGCCUCGCCCCUCAACUGCUACUUCCGCCAGUACUGCUCUGCCUUCCCAGACACAGAUGGCUACUUCGGCUCCCGCGGGCCCUGCCUGGAUUUUUCCCCGCUGAGUGGUUCCUUUGAGGCCAACCCUCCGUUCUGCGAGGAACUCAUGGAUGCCAUGGUCUCUCACUUUGAGAAACUGCUCGAGAGCUCCCCGGAGCCCCUGUCCUUCAUCGUGUUUAUCCCGGAGUGGCGAGAACCCCCCACACCGGCGCUCACCCGCAUGGAGCAGAGCCGCUUCAAACGCCACCAGCUGGUCCUGCCUGCCUUUGAGCACGAGUACCGCAGUGGCUCCCAGCACGUCUGCAAGAAGGAGGAAAUGCACUACAAGGCCGUCCACAACACGGCCGUGCUCUUCCUACAGAACGACCCUGGCUUUGCCAAGUGGGGGCCGACGCCCGAGCGGCUGCAGGAGCUGAGCACCGCCUACCGGCAGUCAGGCCGCAGCCACGGCUCCAGUUCCUCGUCGUCUUCCUCCGAGAACAAGGACCGGGACUCCGGCCGCGAGCAGGGCCCCAGCCGCGAGCCUCACCCCACUUAACACAUCCUGCGGGGAGGAGGAGCCCCAGGGUGCUGGUACGGACUGCUGGGACUUGGGCCUCUUGGGGCUGAGCAGACCCCAGGACCCUCCCCCUGAGGUGGCAGCAGGGCUCAGGCUGCCAGUGACAUAGGAAGAUUAUGGCUCUGCCAGGGCUCCCCCUCCCUGCCCGAUCCCCUGACUCCUCACCUCAAACUUGCUCCAGCUCCCGUGUAAAUAGGCCCCAUCCCUUCCCUUCCUACCCACCCCCCACCCCCCAUCCAUACCAUCUUAUUGCCACCUCGUUUCAUUUGUAAAAGGAAAUACAGAAGCCUCCCUAAGAAUGCGUGAGGGUCUUGAGGGCAGAGAAGGCAGAGAGUCUGGAGCUAGUCCUGGGACCACACCCUCUACAUUCAGGCUCACCUUCUGGACCCCUGGGCCUCCACGCCCCAGCCCCGGGAUCCAGUGUCUAACUUCUCACCCUGCUGACCCCACAGUUGGGUCCCUGGUGGCCUCUGCCUGUGUCCAUCGGGUCUGAAGAGUCCAGAGCCCAGCACCAUCCAUCUGUAAGUCCCAGACUCCCACAGCCAGGCCUGCCCUCGUACCUCUAGGGAGCAGAGGACGGGAGGCUGUGCCCAGGUAGCGAGCUAGACUCCUGCUUGACCUGCAGCCACCACAGUGAGUGAGCAGCCAGGUAUGUUUCACAGUCAGGGGUCAGGAGGAAGAGCAGCUCUGAGCCACCAUGGGCUUUAGGGUAUGGCCUCUGUACAGACAGGCACCCGGCUGAGCUGUCCUGAGGACCUCUAGGCAUGGAGCAGAUGUUCCCCUGGAGCCCAGGGGAGGAAGAGGGUCUGAAGGUGCUGGGGGGUGGGGGUUAGGGGGCUCUUACCAGCUCAGCCAUCUGUCCCAGUAUCAGGCCUCUGCCCCAAGGGCCUGCCCUGCUGUCGGGCCACUGCACUUUGAGAGGCCGGGCAGGCCGCACUGUGGGGCUUGGCAGCUCCUGGGAGCUGUGACAGGCUCUUCCUCUCUGUUUCCCAAGUCCUUGCCGACAAAGUAAGAUGGUCAGGACUGGACUCUGGUCCCUUUAUUGAGACUGAGGGGCCAGUGGGUCCAUCCAAACAAAAAUAAAUUUUUCUCCCCAAAGCCUGCCUGCAGGCUAGGGCACCCAGCAUGUCCUGGCUGGGGCCCAUGGCUGUCCCCUAAAGCCAGCAACACAGGUCUGGCUCUCUUAGAGUGACAGGAUGCUGGCUGCCCAGUGUCUGGAGACCCUAAGGUGGAACAGGGAGGUGAGUCCCACUGGGUCCCCCCACCCCUAACAUGGCUGGCCCCAAUAUCCACGGUCUGCGUUGGGCCCUUGGGGCUCAGUCAUCGGUCAGGGUGAUGACGUCGUACUCGAUGCCCUGGUGCUGCAGCUGUUGGAUGUGUUCAGGCACUGCCUCUUCUGUGCCAAACAGGCCCUGGGCUUGGGCCAUAGCAGCAUCGGCCACCGCUGCCAGGGGAGGGGAAAGGACGGUGAGCCUGAGGCCCCAGAAGCUGGGGCUGGGUCCCCAUGGUUUUCAGGGUCCCACCCCAUACCUGUGACUGCUGAGUGUGCUGCCGCCUCCAGUUGGGCCUGUGUGACAAGCUGCUGGCCUGGGGACACGGGCACAUACUGGAUCUAGAGGGGAGAAGCCAGUGAGAUGUGGCCUUGGAGGAGUACUGCCUAUGCCCCAACUCUGCACAAUUCCCCAAAGGUCCUACCUGGGACUCCUGGAGGAAUGGGGCCCCCUGUUCAUACUGGAUGUGUGUGAUCUGGCCUUCCUGUACCUGGAGAGAGGAAGCCGAUCUGGUGAUUGAAGAGGCUGUCCACCCCUCCCCUCAUUCCCAUCCCUGCCCAGGCCUGGCCCACCUGGAUGUGAUGGCCCUCUGGAACCACGACAUAUUCCUGGGGGAGCAGGUGCUGGACUCCGUCCUGGGAGAUGAUGUAUUGUACCUGGAGAAGGGUGGAGAAGAGGCAGGCGCUGGGGGCCCUGCUGAACCAGGAAGAUUGAGCAGGGAGCCAGGGACACCCACCAUCAACGAUGGCAGCCGCACAGACCCUGGGAGGAGUGGUUGGGGAAGUACUGGUCCUCCCCAGAGUGGAGUCUGGAGGAGGGGCAGGGCGGGCUCUCCUGGCUGAGCAGGUGCUCACCUGGUUGUCAGAGGUAACCAGAUGCUGUACUGUCUGGCCAUCAGCUGUGGUGAUCUCUUGGAUAUAGGUGGCUUCUUCCUGCCAGGACCAAGUCAGCUCUAGCCUCAGCUCUGUGUGCCCCCACCCCAGCCUGUGACUUGCCAGCAGGGCCCCAAUCCAGGCUCUCACCUGAUUGGUCACUGUCUGCUCUUGGGCGACAAUGAUGUGUUCCUGGCCCAGUGCCUGCUGUAGCCGCUCUGGCCCCAAGACCCCAUGACCGGACUGGAGUGCAGCUGGGCAGAGAAGAGAGGGUGCUCACACAGCGGAUCCAGGGAAACCUGAGGUGCCCCAGCACCCACCCUGGUCUCCCAGGGGCGGCUCACUGUGCAGCGUGGCCAGCGUGUCAUCAUCACUGUUCAGGAUGAUGGUCUGGGUGGGGGUCCGGCCUGGGGUCCGGGCAGUAGGUGUCCCCGCCUUUCUCCCAUCAGGACUGUGCAGCCGCUGGAUAUGGAACUUGAGAUGCCCAUUCCGGUUGAAACUGUGGGGGAGGGAAGAAGGCUCAGGGCAGUCCCAUCACGCGUGCCCAGCAGCCCCUACCCGCCUGUCCCCAGCCUCACCGCUGCCCGCAGAGAUGGCACACAAAAGGCUUCUCGUUGGUGUGGGUCAGCAUGUGUCGCCGCAGGUCCUUCUUGUUCUUGGAGGCAAAGCUGCACUGGCUGCACUGGUGGGGCCGCAGGCUCGAGUGCUGUGCCAUGUGGGCCUGGAGCAGAAGCAGAGUCGGGCACUGGCCAGGUGAGGACAAGCAGCCUCCCACCGAGGCAACUGUUGGGGAGUCUGU